CUUGUUGGCAGAGUAAGUCCGCUGCUAUGCGUUGCGAUCCAGUUUUGAGAAGACUCUGAAAAUGGCAUGACACUAAAAGGGACUGUUCUAAUUUUCGUGCUUUGCAAAAUGUUUCUAUUCACUACUUCUCUGGUCUGCCCUUCUUUUCACCCAAAAGAAUGUUUGCCUAUAACUUUGCAGUUGCACAUCUAGGGCUACGUCAUACAAUAGCAAACUCGUUCAUGUUGUCUGACGUUUUUUCUGAAAUGGAAGGUUGGAAAUUGAUAGACAAGGUCAACGAAACAAACAUUUGUAAGAAUUUCCCUAAAGGUCAGCGCCCACACGUCAUUCAUUAUUGCCAGACUUAUUACAUCGGAUCGGAGUCUUUAUACGACUGGUGGGUCUUUGGGAAAAGAAAAUUACGAAAGGAUUUUAUUUCGUGUGAGGCCCCCCUACUAAAGGUUCCACCAGAUAAUCUCGCCGAUUACGAAAUAUACCACCAAAAAAAAAUGAUCGGGAAUAAUGCGAAUAUAGAAAAAGAGGUAUGGGAGCGAAAAUAUGCGAAGAGAGAAAGCUUCAUGGUAUGCGAAAUGAUUCGCGCCCUCAACGAUGCUGCGAUUUUCUUUAAAGACGAACAAUGCAAAGAUGGUACUGCGAAUUACAACUUUUCUUAUGUAUUCCAUUAGAGGAAUAGACAUCUUCCAUCUAC